AUGCUGCCUACUACCUUUCGAAGAGCUGUUGCCUCCAGGCUGGCCAUGCCUCGCCCAGCCGGCACCGCUCAAACCACCACGCCUCGCAACAACACCCUCCACACCCUCGCCACCUACCGGCCUCAGCUCAACGUCAACAUCAACAAAUCCGGCAACCGUUUCGGACCAUCCCAAAUCCGCGCCAACAAGCCUUUCUCAAGAUCGUACGCCGAGCACUGGGGCCUGGGCCGCGCCGCGCCCCUCGUUCACGGCCUGACCCAAGAAAACACGGAGCUGCGACAGUGCAACGAGGAGCUGAAGCUGUUGAACGACAAGUCGGUGCUGAUGCUGGACGACUCGAAUCUCUUGAUGGAAAAGUCGAACCUCUUGAUGGGCGAGUCGAUACUCCUGAUCGAGGAACUGGCGGCCAGGGAGCGGACGGCCAAUCGGAUCUCCUUCUGGGCGCUCCUCUUUGGGGGGUUUGGCAUCUGCAGCGCCGUGUACUUUUGGCAGUUCCCCUCGGUCCAGAAGCAGAAAGAAACCCUGGAGAAGAGGGGCACGUCAACUCUGAUGCUUGUAUGGGAGAGGGAGGAGGGGGAGAUGAUUGCUGCGCUCUUCAUGUCCUCCGCUCCAUGA